AUGAGGUGGCUUGGGAUCCUUGGGCUGGUGGCCCUCUCAGAGUGCAUAGUCAUAAUCCCGCUAAUGAAGAUGAGCACCAUGCAAAAAACUCUCAAGGGAAAAAACUUGAUGAACAGUUUCCUGGAAGAACACGCUUACAGCCUGUCCCAGCAUUCUGCUAAUGACCAGAAAUUCUCUACACAUCCCCUGAGCAACUUUAAGAAUAUAUUCUACUUUGGAAACAUCAGCAUCGGAACACCCCCUCAACAGUUCAGGGUCCUCUUUGACACCGGCUCCUCUGACCUCUGGGUGUCCUCUGUCUUCUGCCUUGAUCCAGGCUGUGGUAAACACAGACUCUUCAACCCUCGUGGGUCUACCACUUUCCAGAUGACAGACCGUCACAUGUACUUUUGCAAUGAGCUUGGGCAGAUCACUGGGUUUUUUGGCCGUGACAUUGUUCAGAUUGGGGACCUUGUCAUCAUGAACCAGACUUUUGCCCUGACCUACAGGCAGAUUAGCAAGAUCCUGCCACUCUUACCUUUUGAGGGAGUCCUUGGUUUGGGCUACCCCAGCCUCGCCACCACUGGGAUCAUCCCUGUGUUUGACAGCCUGAUGCUACAAAAAGUCAUUUCUGAGCCCGUGUUUGCCUUCUACUUGAACAACAAGAAGGGGUAUGGCAGCGUGGUAAUGCUUGGUGGGGUGGACCAUUCCUAUUACAAGGGAGAUCUCAACUGGGUACCAGUGUCCAAAUCUCGCUGCUGGCAGAUAACUGUGGAUCGCAUCUCUGUGAAUGGGAAGGUGAUUGGCUGUUCCAGUAGAUGUCAGGCCAUUCUGGACACCGGGACCGCAUUCGUGCAUGGCCCGACAAGACUGAUCACCAACAUUCAGAGACUCAUCAGGGCCAGGCCUUACCACGGUUGCCAGUACUCCUCGAUUUCGUGUCGCGACAGUAUUGCAACCCCUCAUGUCGUCUUCACCAUCAAUGGCAUUGACUACCCAAUGCGCACUGAAGACUACAUCGUGUCGAUUACUUCCAGCCUCUGCUUCAGUGCUUUUCUAGGAGGCACACAGAAAGUGACCAAAUCAGAGACCUGGAUACUGGGUGAUGCCUUCCUGAAGCAGUAUUUCUUGGUUUUCGAUCGAAGAAACAACAGAAUUGGCCUGGCUCAUGCAGUGUAA